AUGAACAUCAUCACAUCCACAUUUAUCCUGAACUCCUCUCUGACAGAAGUAGGAGUUCCUCAACUUUUGAUUAUUCAAAAUCCGAAUAUCAAAGGAAUCCAGGAGUGGUGUUCUCAACCUCAAAUCUAUGGGAGAGUUUCUGAAGUAAGUUCUGAAGACAACCUGCAGCAGGAACAUACGGGAGACAACAAUGGAUGGUCUAUGCAAUUCGACAACUAUUUUGCAAAUUACUACAAUGCAUAUCCCUUACAAGAAGAAAUAUUUGAAUGUUUGGUCAGUUCUGUGCCUGUGCAAUGUCUUUGCCAAGGUCUAGAGCUUAGCUGUGAUGAAGUCAACUUGCAAGCUGUCCCAUCAGUUUCUUCAAAUGUGACUUUAAUGUCACUUCAAUGGAAUUUAAUAAGAAAUCUUCCUCCUGAUGGCUUCAAGAAGUACUAUGAUCUUCAGAAACUGUAUCUGCAAAACAAUAAAAUUAGAUCUGUACAUAUGCAUGCUUUCAGAGGGCUGCACAAUCUUACUAAACUAUAUCUCAGUCAUAACAGAAUAACCGUCCUGAACCCAGGUGUUUUUGAAGAUCUCUACAAAUUAGAAUGGCUGAUAAUUGAAGAUAAUCAGCUCAAUCAAAUUUUCCCAGAAACAUUUAGUGGACUGAAUUCUCUUUUUCUCUUAGUGCUGAUGAAUAAUGACCUCACCCAUUUGCCUGAUAAACCUCUUUGUCAACACUUGCCAAGACUCCAUUGGCUGGACUUUGAAGGCAAUCAUAUCCAUAAUUUAAGAAAUUUGACUUUUAUUUCCUGCAGUAGUUUAACUGUUUUGAUAAUGCGGAAAAAUAAAAUUAAUCACAUACAUGAAAAUACUUUUACAUCUCUCCAGAAACUAGAUGAAUUGGAUUUAGGAAACAACGAGAUUGAAAAUCUUCCACCACAUGUAUUUAAAGAUCUGAAGGCGCUUUCGCAAUUGAAUCUUUCCUAUAACCCAAUCCAGAAAAUUGAAGAAAACCAAUUUGACUAUCUUGUCAAACUCAAGUCUCUCAGCUUGGAAGGAAUUGAAAUAUCAAAUAUCCAACAAAAGAUGUUUAAACCUCUUAGGAAUCUCACCCACAUAUAUUUUAAGAAAUUCCAGUACUGUGGUUAUGCACCUCAUGUUCGCAGCUGUAAACCAAACACGGAUGGAAUUUCAUCUGUAGAGAAUCUCUUGGCCAGCAUUAUUCAGAGAAUAUUUGUCUGGGUUGUAUCGGCAAUUACAUGCUUUGGAAACAUCUUUGUUAUUUGUAUGCGGCCCUAUAUCCGUUCUGAGAAUAAACUGCAUGCCAUAUCAAUCAUUUCUCUCUGCUGUGCUGACUGCUUAAUGGGAAUCUACUUAUUUGUGAUUGGAGCCUUUGACCUAAAGUUUCGUGGAGAAUACAAUAAACAUGCACAGCUGUGGAUGGAGAGUAUUCAUUGCCAGCUGGUGGGCUCUUUGGCUAUUCUGUCCACAGAAGUAUCUGUUUUAAUAUUAACCUUUUUAACACUGGAAAAAUAUUUCUGCAUUGUAUAUCCUUUUAAAUCCUUAAGACCGAGAAAAUGCAGAACAAUUUCAGUUCUUAUUCUCAUUUGGACUGUUGGUUUUAUAGUGGCUUUCAUUCCAUUGAGCAAUAAGGGAUUUUUCAAAAACUACUAUGGCACCAAUGGAGUAUGUUUUCCUCUUCAUUCAGAAGAUACGGAAAGUAUUGGAGCCCAGAUUUAUUCAGUGGCAAUUUUUCUUGGUAUUAACCUGGCAGCAUUUAUCACCAUCGUUUUCUCCUAUGGGAGCAUGUUUUACAGCAUUCAUGGAAGUGCCGCUACAACAAUCGAAAUACAAGUUAAAAAAGAGAUGACGCUUGCCAAGCGGUUUUUCUUCAUUGUAUUUACUGAUGCAUUAUGCUGGAUACCCAUUUUUAUACUGAAAUUUCUUUCACUGCUUCAAGUAGAAAUACCAGGUACCAUAAAUUCAUGGGUAGUGAUUUUUAUUCUGCCUAUCAACAGUGCUUUGAAUCCAAUUCUCUACACUCUAACCACGAGACCAUUCAAAGAAAUGAUAAAUCAGGUUUGGUACAAUUACAGACAAAGAAGGUCUGUUGGCAGCAAUGGUGUUCAGAAAACAUACGCUCCAUCAUUCAUCUGGGUGGAAAUGUGGCACUCACAUGAGAUAUCAUCGAAAUUAAUGAAGCCAACUCUUUUCACAGAUCCCUGUGAAAUGUCACUGAUUUCUCAAUCAACCAAACUCAAUUCCUAUUCAUAAGGGACUCUAAAAACCAUUAAUCAUUUCACAGGAAUCCUGUGGGGUGUUUUAUUAUGGAUCUACUGG